CAGUGGUUGCUAUAAAAAGGCAGGCGAGGGCUACAUGUAGUGUGCAGGGCUGUCGCAGUGACACCAGGGAAUGGAGCCCUCCCAUCGCAAGAUGGGCUCCAUCCCAGUUUGCGCCCUUCUUUGCUUUAUUAACAUAGCAGCAGCCAAUAUAUUUGAAUAUCAGACAGAUUCCCAGCCACUGCGCCCAUGUGAGCUUCAGAGGGAAAAGGCUUUUGCAGGAGGAGACACCUAUGUUCCUCAGUGCUCAGAAGACGGCCAGUUCAGGACAGUUCAGUGCAGUAGAAAUGGUCUCUCCUGUUGGUGUGUGGAUGAGAAUGGCAUCGAGGUACCUGGCAGCAAACAGGAUGGAUAUCCCAUAUCUUGCUUAUCCUUCUGCCAGCUGCAAAAGCAGAGGAUCUUGGUGAGUCGCUACAUCAACAGCAGUAGCAUCUCCUACAUCCCUCAGUGCACGGAUUCAGGGGCAUUUGAUGUGGUGCAGUGCGACAUGGAGCUGGGGCAGUGCUGGUGUGUAGAUUCAGAAGGAAUGGAGAUUUAUGGGACCAGGCAGAGAGGAAAGCCAACACAGUGUCCGGGGACCUGUGAGAUCCGAGACCGUCGCAUUCUGCAUGGGGUUGGGGAGAAGAGCCCACCUCAGUGCUCAGCAGAUGGAGAGUUUCUGCCUGUCCAGUGCAAGUUUGUCAACACUACAGACAUGAUGUUUUUUGAUCUCGUUCAUAAUUACAACAGGCUCCCGGCAGCUUUCCAAACCUUCAGCUCCUUGCGGGAGACGUUCCCGGAGGUCUCUGGGUACUGCUACUGCUCGGACAGCCUGGGGAGAGAGCUAGCAGACACCGGCUUGGAGCUGCUGCUUGAUGAAGUUUACGACACAAUUUUCUCAGCACUGGAGCCUGCCCGCACGUUCACAGAGACCAGCAUUUAUCGGAUCCUGCAGAGGAGGUUUCUGGGUGUGCAGCUGGCUACCUCCGGCCGGUUCAGAUGCCCCUCAAAAUGUGAGGUUGAGCGAUAUGCAGCCGUGCGCUACCAGCAUGCCUACGUGCCAUCCUGUGACCCUGAUGGGGGCUACACACCAGUGCAGUGUCAGCAGGGAGGGCAGUGCUGGUGUGUGGACACCAAAGGGAGAGAGGUCCAGGGCACCAAGAGACGAGGACAGCCUCCAGCCUGCGGUGAAGAACAAAUAUGCAUCUCUGAGAGACGACAGGCAUUGUCAAGGAUCUUUUAUGGCCCUGCCGGGUACUUCAGUCAGCCUGAUUUAUUUUCCACACCAGAUGUGCAGUCAGAGAAAAUAGCUGGCUACUCAAGACCCUGCCCUCCCUUCAUCAAGGAGCUGUUUCAGGUCUCUGGACUGUCAUCCCCAGUCAUGCAAAGCCCAUACGCCAGCCAGAUUUCCGGGCUAGAAUCCAUCCUUAGUGAAGCCAUCAGAGGAAUAUUCCCAUCAAGGGGACUGGCUCAAGUGGCAUUGCAAUUUACGGCCAAUCCAAAGCGCUUCCAAGAAAAUCUCUUUGGAGGAAAGUUCUUGAAGAAUAUGAUCCAGUUCAACUUCACAGGGGCACUUGGCACUAGUGGCAAAUACAGCAUUGGUCAGUUUUUCCAAGAGGAAAAUGUGACAGGGAGGGAUAAUGGCCAAGGCCUUCUGGAAUCAGCUGAAGCAUUUGCAUUGGAAGUAUCAAGGGGGAGCUCCAUUUUGAUCCAACCUCUUGUAGGCAGCUUUGGCCGCACAGUAACUCUUCAGGACAAUCAGAAUAUGAUGAAAUUCCUUUCCUCUGUCCUGGAACUACCAGCAUUCUUUACCUUUCUUCAACAAGUGAUUUCUGUCCCCAGAAGCAUUGCUGAAGAUUUAGGUGAAGUGGUGAAAAUAGCAUUGGGAUCCAAAGACUGUGGUGAGGAGGCAAAGGACCUAUUUGUUCCAACAUGCACCACGGAGGGGAGGUAUGAGGAAGUUCAGUGCUAUGCAGGAGAGUGCUGGUGUUUGGACACUUCAGGUAAGGAAGUUCCAGGCUCAAGAGUUCGAGGUGAACGUCCAAGGUGUCCCACUGAGUGUGAGAAGCAAAGGAGAAACCUGCAGAACUUGAAACAAAGCCUGCCUGCAGGAUCAGAUCUUUUUAUUCCCUCUUGUACCAAGGAUGGAGACUUCCUGCCACUCCAGUGUUAUGGGACAAAUUGCUUCUGUGUUGACUUGAAUGGCAAGACUAUUCCAGGAAUAAGAGGAAAUACUGGAAAACCCAUGCAAUGCCCCAGUGCUUGCCAAGUAACAGCCGGUCAGGAGUUUCUAAAGAGUGUGAAAGUCCUGUUGUCAGAUCCAAGUGUCCUGUCUCAGCCCUCCAGCAUUUAUGUGCCCCAGUGCAAUGAUGACGGUGCCUGGAGGCAGGUGCAGUGCAGCGGUCCUCCUGAGCAAGCCUUUGAGUGGUAUGAAAGGUGGAUGACAGAGAACAAUGAAGGCAAACCUCUGCCUGUUUCUGAUCUAUUGAACAUCAUAACUGUUUAUAAAAAUGCCUCUUCCAAAGGCUUUUCAGGUUUUAUUAAAGCUUUGUAUGAGGCUGGGCACCAGAAUGUGUUCCCAGCUUUCACCACCUAUUCCUCCUUCGCUGAUCUUCCACCUGAGGUGCUGGAAGGAAAUGUGACCUAUGCAUCUGGGAACAUUUUAUUGGAUCCGUAUACAUUCUGGCAGCUUCUGAAUGAGCAGCUGACCUACUACCCAGGACCCUACACUGAUUUCAGCACUCCAUUAAGCAACUUUGAACUUCGUGAUUGUUGGUGUGUUGAUAGCAAAGGAGAAGAGCUGCAGGGAACAAGGGCAGAAGUGAACCAGGUUCCAAAAUGUCCUGGUGUAUGUGAAGGUGUUAAGCAAGAAGCCAUUAAAUUUAUGGAGGAAGCAGAGCAACUCAUCCGAGCAUCAAACACUUCCCAUUUCCCUUUUGGAGAGAGUUUCUUGAUGGCAAAGGGAAUACAGCUCACAGACAGUGACCUCCUACGUUCUGCUCAGCUCUAUGAGCCAGAGGUGAUGGUCUCCGAAAAGUUGUUAUCAAGCAGUGACUAUUCCCUCCAACUGGCUGCACGAUCGGUCUUGCAUUUCUACUGGCGGAGUCACUUUGCUGUGAAGGGUUCUGCUGGAGAAGCAACACAACUGGGAUUUCAUCCCUACAUCCCACAGUGUGAUGGCCUGGGAAACUGGGAGCCAACUCAGUGCUAUGAGAGCACAGGUCAUUGCUGGUGUGUGGAUGAAAGAGGACAUUAUGUUAUGGAUUCCUUGGUCUCGCGUUCAGCAGAACUUCCUAAAUGCCAGACAUCAUGUCAGAGAUCUCGAGCCAAUGCCUUAAUUUCCAGCUGGAGACAGAGUGGCUCGAAGGUGGAUGCUUCUGCAGCAUAUCUGUUUGUCCCCUACUGCCUUGAGACAGGAGAAUAUGCUGUGCUACAGAGAUCCUACACGGACAUUUGGUGUGUAGAUCCUGUGUCAGGAGAAGUAUUUCAGCGUGGCAGCAUAGAUUCAGAUGGCAAUCCUGAAUGUCCUAGUUACUGUAAUAUGUUGAAGUCCAAAACUAGUUUACGAGAAUCUGGUAAAGGCUACAUCCCACAGUGUGAAGGAGACAAGGGGGUGUUCUCACCUGUGCAGUGCAGCCGGGAUGGAGAAAGCUGCUGGUGUGUGUUUGACAAUGGAGAAGAGGUGCCUGGGACACGAGUAAGCGGAGGAAGACCUGCAUGUGAAAAUCCCCAGUGUGCUCUGCCAUUUGGUGCCUCAUCUAUUCUCAACGGAGCUGUGAUUUGCGAAAAGGUUUCUGAGCAAAUGUCAGGCGUUCAGCAGUGCCGUCUGAUAUGUCGCCAAGGCUUCCACAGCGCUUACUCCAGCACGUCGUUUCAGUGUGAUUUGCUGCAGCACCGAUGGGUCUCAGCUGCCCCGCUCUACCAGGCCUGCCAAAAGCUCCAAUUAUUUCAGACAGUCCAAGCUCAAACACACUUUCAAUUACUGCUACCUCCUCAGAAGACUUGUAGUUCUGACUAUUCUGGAUUACUUGAGGCAUUCCAGAUACUUAUUUUAGAUGAGUUGAAGGCUCGUGGUUUCUGUCACCUCCAGGUAGAUGCAUUUGGAAAUACCAUCUCAGUUCCUGUCUGUGACAAUUCCUCUGUCUAUGUUGAAUGUCUGAGUGUGGACCGCCUGGGAGUGAAUGUCACGUGGAGGACUCAGCUGGAAAACAUCCCAGCAAGUUCUCUCCCUGACUUACAUUAUAUUGAAAAAGCAAUUGUUGGAGAAAAUCUCAUUGGAGCAUUUAUUAAAGAGAUUGAGGAUGGUGGAUUUCUGCUGUAUUUGGACUCCAAACAGUUCAUAGCAGAUUCGCUCAUUGAUUUUCCUCGGGAUGAAGAAUUUGAUCUGUCCCCGAGCGUGCAGCUAGGAUGUAGAAGUGGUUUUCGAAGAACUUCAUCUCCUGGAAAAACCAUCCCAAAUGCACAAGGAUGUGUUGUUUGUCCUUCAGGCAGUCAUUUCCAGAAUGGUGAAUGCAUUCCCUGCCCUCUUGGUUACUACCAGUACCAGACAGGACGUUCCUCUUGUAUCAAGUGUCCAAUGGGUAAAACUACCAGCUCUUAUGGGGCAUUCAGCAUUGAUCACUGUAUCACUUACUGUCAAGGCAACAAGCAGGGUUUGCAGUGUGAUGAAGAAGGCCAGUACAAACCUUCCCAGCAAGACCCUGACAGUAAGAAAUCCUUCUGUGUCGAUGACCUUGGAACAGCACUGGAAUGGACUGAAACAGAUGAUCUCCUUACAGACUACCAGUGCCUAUUGCUCAGAAAAUUUGAGAGAGUUCCUGCUUCCAAACUUCUUUAUGGGUCAGAAGAUGUUCAAAUUCUUCAGCCUCAGUCACUCAGGAGAGACCUGCCAGGUCCAGCUUUUCAAUGCAUUUCAGACUGUGAGAAGGAAGAAGCAUGCAGUUUCGUGACUGUAACCCCUGCUGGUUCUGAAGCUGUGUGUGAAUUAUACAGUGCCUCUGAAGUCAACUUCAAUUGUACCACCUCUGGAUUGGUGCAAGGUGUUUUGGGGAACCCUGCUGCCACUCGUGUUGGUCGUCUCAGCUGCAUGCUUUAUAUCAGAAAUCCAGAAGGAGAUACAGUGACAGUCUAUUUGAAGAAAGCACAAGAAUUUAACUCAUCUGGACUCAAAACCUUUGAAAGAACUAGUUUUCAGAACGUGCUUUCUGGUGUGUAUCAGUCCAUGGCGCUCUCAGCAGCCAGCACAUCUCUGACGGACGCUCAGCUCUUCUGCCGGCAGACUUGCAGCAGGGACUCUUGCUGUGACGGCUUCAUCUUGAGUCAGAUUGCACUUGAAGGAGGUACCAUUUUGUGUAGUUUGAUGAGCUCCCCAGAUGUGCUGAUCUGCAAUGAAAAUAGCUGGAAUCCAACGCCUGUUGGAGAAGGGAUGUGCAAAGGCAUGACCUAUGACAAAAAAGAGAUGAUGUUUUCCUUCACCCUGGGAGGGCAAGUGUUUAGUGGAACUUCUAAACUGGCAGAAGAGGAAGAGAGAAAUUUUACCACUUUUCAACAAGUUUAUCUGUGGAGAGGCUCCGAUAUGGUCACUCGGCCUAAAACCUCUGUGUGUGAUGCUACUCCUUUGAAGACAGAGAAUGAUCUAACAUUAUCAGAUUCUACAAAGGAUCUUUUCUACCUAAUGGACAACAGCCAGAUACGAAGCAACCCAAACUAUUCCAUUCCUUACCAGCAGUACUGGGUUUUCAGGCAGAAGUACUCAGCGGAGGAAGCGGUGCUUUGGUGUCUCACACGUUGUGCACAAGAAGAUGAAUUUUGUCAAAUGGCAGAUCUUCAGAAUGCCGCAGACACAUACUUUGUGUGUACCUUGUAUCCAGCAGCACAAAUUUGUGAUGGCAGCAUUGAUCAAAUACCGGAAAACUGUCGUAUCGUCCUACCCUGGCAACCACAGGCAUUGUAUCAAAAAAUAGUGAUGUUGCAAGUGAAGGCCAGGAGCUUCUACACACGUGUACCAUUCCAGAAAGUAAUGGGGAUCUCAGUGAGGAAUAAGACCGACAUGAGCAGAAAAGCAGUUUCAGAUGGUUUUUCUGAGUGUGAGCGUUGGUGUGAUGCUGACCCCUGUUGCACAGGAUUCGGCUUUUUUAAUGACUCCCAGUUGUCAGAAGGAAAGAUUGUGUGCCUGACUCUGAACAGCCUAGGAAUUCAGACAUGUGCUGAGGAAUCAAGAAGUGCUUGGCAAAUUUCAGGUUGUAGUUUGCCAGAUGCUGAAGUCAGAAUACAUCCAUUUGGCUGGUAUCAAAAGCCUGAAACAUCUAAAAAUAAAGGAUGCUUCUUGCUUCACAGACAGAGGAAUGAUGAAGAGAAGGCCAUGGCAUAUGCAAAAGGGAGAGCGUUAGGAGAAACGGUGAUGUUUCCUUAUGUAGUGAGGAAGCUUCAGAUGUUUUUCCACCAUAACACAGACCAAGGCACAGAUGUGUAUGCAAAUAAAGAUAUUUGCAGACAAAAAUUUGUAUCAGUUGUGCUGUUGACUUGGACGAAUGCCGUCCCUAACCUGUGUCCAUCUGUUAGUUUACCUUUCAGGCCAGAAACUGACUAUUUGGAUAUAUGGCAACCCUUAAAUGCAUCCUCUGUUCUCAUGGAUUCAUCUAUCUCCAACUUUGAAGUUGUGCAAGUAAGCAGGGAUAUAUCCAAUGACUUCACCACUGCCAAAGACUUUUGUCUAUCUGCAUGUUCAAAGAACCAGACGUGUACAGUUGUUACACUGGAAAUCAAGCCUUCAGCAAUAAGAUGCCUUUUUUACCCUGACACACAGACAUGUUUACAUGGCCUGCAAGGGCACAACUGUCAGGUUUUACUCAAAGAGCCAGCUACGUACAUCUACAGGAGACAAGAUUUAUUCCUGCCCAUCUCUGAAUCGGAUUUAACCCCAUCCGUGUACAUUCCAUCCCAUGGAGACUUGAUCGGCAAAUCCCAGGUGGUGCGCAUCGGCUCAGAGUGGAGAAAUAUCAGCCAGUUCCUUGGGAUUCCCUACGCUGCACCUCCCCUUGCAGAGAGACGCUUCAAUCCUCCAGAGCCAUUUGCUUGGGUGGAAACCUGGAACGCUACUGUGGCUCGGUCAACUUGCUGGCAACCAGGGGAUGGAGAGGCGCCGUCAUACUUUGUCAGUGAAGACUGCUUAUAUCUUAAUGUCUUCGUUCCUGUCACCACAGUCAAAAACAUGUCGGUGCUGUUGUUCUUCCACAACGGAGGGAGUGGCAACACUGAAGCAGGAAAGACAACCAUAGAUGGCUCAUACCUCGCUGCAAUCAGUAACACCAUUGUUGUAACAGCAAGCUACAGGGUUGGGGUUUUUGGCUUCCUCAGUACAGGCUCUUCUGAGGCGAGUGGAAAUGCUGGCCUUUUGGAUCAGUUGGCAGCUCUGAAGUGGGUGCAGCAGAACAUUGCUAGCUUUGGAGGAGAUGCAAACCGUGUGUCUAUAGGAGCUGACCGCAGCGGGGCGGACGUUGUCAGCAUUCACCUACUCACAGAUACAGCCGAUAUGGAUCUCUUCAGGAGGGCAUUGUUGAUGGGAGGUUCAGCUUUUUCUCCAUCAUCCAUUAUUACUAAAAGAAGAGCCCAGACCCAAGCAGCAGUCCUGGCUGAGGAAGUGGGAUGCUCUUCGUCCACAAAUGGGGAAAUUGUAGCCUGCCUUCGCCAGUUGCCUGCUCGUGUCCUCAAUGAUGCACAGACUAAGCUCUUAGCGAUAAGCGGCCCAUUCCAGUACUGGGGUCCAGUGAUGGAUGGAGUUUACCUCCGGGAACCUUUAGCUAAAGCCCUGCAGCGCUCUCAACUUCGGAAAGUAGAUCUUCUCAUUGGAAGUGCUCAGCAAGAUGGGCUGAUCAGCAGAGCUAAGGCAAUUAAGAAAUUUGAAGAAAGUCAAGGAAGAGCCAACAGCAAAACAGCCUUUUAUCAAGCUCUGCAAAAUUCUCUUGGAGGCGAAGACUCUAAUAAGUUCAUUGAAGAUGCAGCUACAUGGUAUUACUCCCUUGAACACUCAACCGAUGAUUAUUCUUCUUUUUCCAGAGCUUUGGAAAAUGCCACCCGUGACCAGUUUAUAACAUGUCCCAUCAUAAACAUGGCAAAUCACUGGGCUGCUAACUCCAGAGGAAAUGUCUUCAUGUACCACGUACCUGAAAGCUCCGCACAGAGCAGUUCAGGUCUGGAGCUCUUGCUUGAUGUUCAGUAUGCAUUUGGACUGCCUUUCUACCCAAAGUAUGAAGAACGAUUUACUCUGGAUGAAAAGCGCCUUUCCUUGCAAAUUAUGCAGUACAUCUCCAAUUUUGUAAACUCUGGAAAUCCAAACUACCCUCACAGUUUCUCGAGAAGAAUGUCAGGGUUGAUGCCACUCUGGCCAAUGUUUCUGCCAAAUGAUGAUGGUGAUAACUACAAAGAAUUCACUGCUUCCUUGCCAACUCUUAAAGGAUUAAAAAAAGAGGACUGUUCUUUUUGGUCUGAUUAUAUCAGAAGACUGAAAGAAUCCACAGGAAGUGCAAGUAAUGGAGAACAAUCUUCAGAAAACAGCUCCAGUGAAGCCCCUAGUGAAGGAGUUACCCCCCAGGAGAGCCAGCAAGUGGGAGACAAGGUGGCUUACAGCAGAUAGAUGGUCACAGUCCUAUUGGAUGAGUUUGCCAUGUAAUUGUACAUCCAUGCAACUGUGUCACACCAGAUAAACAAACUUCUUUAAUUAACACUCUGAACAAAUAAAGUAGACCUUUCAAGAAAGUAGCCUUUCAAGAAAACUUUUGAAUAUGGCACAAAAUAAGCCCAACGGAUAUUAUUUUAGUUCAGAAGAAACUAAUUUGCAAAAUGGCAUAUCAAUAAAAGCUGCAAAAAUUAAACAAAA